GCUCUGCAAAACCUGGGUGAGCCGGUAGAUAAGUGGGAUGCCAUAAUCAUUUGCAUCCUAUCUAAGAAGAUUGACCUGCCUACCUACAGAGCAUUUCAACUGGAGCGAGAUAAUAAUGUGUCGCCCACGGUAAAAGAAUUCCUAGGUUACGUGGAAAAACGUGCCCUAGCAUUUGAAAACACUGACGUCCAGAAGGGGCCUUCGCAGAGCUUUGUCAGCCAUUCUGUAGCUGCACAAGCAAAGCCGUCCGCGCACCAGCCUCAGCUGCAAUGCUUAUACUAUUCUCCUGCCACGGCCGGAGUUCAAUAAUGGAGAGCUAGCAACCAUUCAGCCUGCAGUGACUGCAAGCAGUACAACUACUUCAGCACCGAGCAUUACAACCUCGAGCGCUGCAUCUUCGAGUGCUUCAAUAGCAAGCACCGCUGCUUCACAAGGACCUACACUAGUGCAGACACCGUUUGGCGUAAUCAUCGCUGGCCGCACGCAGCUACCUGCAAGAAAUUCUAAUCAGGUUAUAUCAUUAUUUUGUAGUGAAUGCAAUGACAAUUUAAGCGAACAGUUAAGUGCAUUUUGGGAAACUGAAAAGGUGCCUGAAAUUUUCCCAGAUAAAUUACCAGAGCAAGAUUACUGUGAAAAGCUUUUCAGGGAAACAACAAAGCUAGUGGAUAAUAAAUAUGAAGUCUCACUGCCCACCAAGGUCCCUUUAGAACAAAUAAACUCUGAGUUAGGGGAGUCUUUUCACUUGGCACUUAAUAGAUUUCUUAAUCUAGAAAAGAGGUUGCAUAUGCCAAAAAAUCAAACUCUUUUCACUGAAUACAAAAAAUUUAUUGACCAAUAUGUCGAUUUAAAGCAUGGAGAGUACAUUGACAUAAAUAAAUAUGAUUUGACUAAAGAUCCUGUGAACUUUGUGCCUCAUCACCCCGUGAUUCGCUUAGAAGCACGGACUACAAAGCUCCGUUGUGUCUUUGACGCUUCAAUGCGCACAAAUAAGAAGGUUUCUUUGAAUGAUAUGCUUCUAAAUGGCCCUGUGGUGCAGAGAGAUCUGUUUGACAUCCUCAUAUUGUUCAGAGCUGACAAACUCUUUUUUAUUUGUGACAUAAAAUCAAUGUUCCGCUGUGUUAGUUUGAAUCCAGCUCAGCGAUCACUGCAAAACAUUCUUUGGCGGGAGUCCAAAAAUGAAGACAUAAAGUGCAUUCAGCUAAACACGGUAACUUACGGUAUGAAACCAAGUUCCUGGUUAGCCACAAAAUGUCUCAGUGAUCUUGCUGAAAGAAACGAACAUUCUAUGCCAUUGGCAGCGUCAGCUAUAAAAAACAACACAUAUGUUGACGAUAUUCUAGUAUCUUGCAGCUCUGAACAAGAACUAUUAGAAACGCAAUCACAGUUAGUCAAAAUGCUCAAUCUGGGAAGUUUUCACUUACACAAAUGGGCCUCAAAUUGCAUGCCAAUUUUAGAGAGUGUACCCAAAGAAAGUCACUACUUAGGAGAAGUAGACCUCCAAAAAGAUCAUGCCUUUGUAAAGACACUAGGCAUUUGCCUAGAUGUCAAAUGUGAUGUCUUCAAAAGCACAUGCCCUGAGCCAUACAAUAGUUCAAACGAUUGUAAACGCGACAUUUUGAGCUACAUAAGCAAAUUUUACGAUCCGUUGGGUCUAAUGGGUCCAAUUUUCGUUCGCGCAAAGGUUAUUAUGCAAAUGCUAUGGGCAGCACAUGAUCUGAAUUGGGAUUCUACUCCUCCAGAUAACAUUCGUAAUGUAUGGACUGACUUUAUUCAUGAUCUCUCUCUGAUGGAGCCAGUAGUUGUACCGCGUUGUGUAAAAUCGCAGCAAACAGUGGUCAAUCAGCUGAUCGGAUUCGCUGAUGCCUCGUCAGUGGCCUACGGCUGCUGUCUGUACUUGCGAACGAUAGAUGAACAUAAUAAUGUACGUACUGAGCUGUUGUGUUCAAAAUCUCGAAUCAAUCCGUGUAAGAAAUUACUCAGCACUCCGAGACUUGAAUUAAAUGCUAGCUUACUCUUAUCUGGUCUGGUCAAACGGGUUCAUGACACCCUCGUAAUAAAAUUGGAUAUUCAUGCAAUCCAUCUCUUCUCUGACAGUCAAAUAGUACUGGCAUGGCUAAAGACAGACGUUGCAAAAUUAUUGACAUACGUCGCAAAUAGGGUCCGAGCCAUCAAAGAGUUGACAGAUGGCUAUCAUUGGCAUUAUGUGAACACUAACGACAAUGCGGCAGAUUGCCUCAGCAAGGGUCUCUUGCCUCAGGAUAUCGCAGGCCACGCUUUAUGGUGGCAUGGCCCGUCAUUCCUGCAUAAUAAAAAUUUUAUUUUUUCAGAAGAAUUGCCCACGCCCAUCGAAUUGCCUGAACUGAAACCUGAUAAUACUAGUGAUCUAUGCCUUACAAGCACGACACACAACCCUGAUCUCUUUGAAGUAAUAAAAAAGUUCUCUACUAUAGCAAAAAUGACUCGUGUUCUUGCAUAUAUUCUUAGAUUUUGCAAUAAUGUCCGACCGACUUCUCAAAAACUUAAAGGUUUCUUAACUAUAGUUGAACUCCACAAGGCGCUCAUGUUAAUAGUCAAACAUGAGCAAGCUCAAUUCUUUUCAGAUGAUUUAAGGAUGCUGCAAUCUGACAAGCAACUUAAAGGUAAUUUAAAACCACUAACUCCCUUCCUUGAUGGCGAAGGCAUUAUACGAGUUGGUGGUCGAUUGCAAAACGCGUCGCUUCCUUAUGCUGCACAGCAUCCGGCAAUAUUGCCAAAGCAGUCACCUAUAACAAACUUGCUUGUAAGAAAUGAGCAUAUAUGUCUACUACAUGCAGGACAGAAGUUAGUCUUAUGUUCUCUUAGGCAAAGGUUUUGGAUAGUAGAUGGCUUACGCACUGUAAAAAAGAUUAUACAUAAGUGUAUAAUAUGUUUCAGACUGAAGGCGGCUGCAACAGCUCAGCUGAUGGGUUCCUUGCCAGUGCCACGCGUCACUCCUUCGCGCGUGUUCGAGAGGGUAGGCCUCGACUUCGCUGGGCCGGUGUCAGUCAAGAACAGCCGCAUCAGAAAAUCAGUAAUUGGAAAGGGCUACAUAGCUCUGUUUGUAUGUUUCACUACCAAAGCUAUACAUCUUGAGCUCUGUAGUGAUUUAACGACCGAGUGUUUUCUCGCUUGCUUCAAGCGCUUCAUAGCGCGUCGUAACCUGCCCAGCGAGGUUUUUUGUGAUAAUGCCUCCACCUUUAAGGGUGCAAGGAAUCAAUUAGCUGAGUUGUAUCGCCUGCAUGCGUCUCAAAGCCAUAAACAAGCUGUGACCUCAUUCGCAGCUCAAAAGGGCAUACAAUUUCAUUUUAUUCCUAGCUACAGUCCGGUGUUUGGCGGUAUAUGGGAAAGCGGAGUCAAAAGUGCAAAGCACCACCUAAAACGUGUCGUAGGUAAAAGUCUCCUCACCUAUGAACAACUUAAUUCCGUGCUUGUUGAGAUAGAAGGCGUACUUAACGCACGCCCCAUUACAGCGGUAAGCAAUGAUCCAGAUGACUUUUCAUAUCUCUCUCCAGGACAUUUCCUUACUGGUGCUCCUCUAAACACUUACCCAGAACAAGAUGUAAGUAAUAAACCCACUAAUUUGCUUAGGUUCUGGUCUACUAUAACCAGUAUGAAGCAGGCCUUCUGGAAGUAUUGGAGCAAGUAUUAUUUAAAUCAAUUGCAAAACCGACCAAAGUGGCAGUCGGUUAUGCCUAAUGUGGCUGUCGAUAGUUUAGUUAUACUCCGUAGUGACAAUUCACCUCCUCUCGAGUGGCCUAUGGCGAGGGUAACUAAAUUGUUCCCGGGGAAGGACGGCAUAGUACGCGCCGUUGAGGUACGCUUGCCAAACGGGCAUACACACAAUAGGUCAGUUACAAAAAUAUGUGUACUCCCAAUAACUUAAUAAUAAUUACUUAAA